ACGAACAUUUUUAUCGUAAAACCACAGUAACAACUAUAAUAAUAUUUCCCAUUUUCACGGGCCAGGACGUUAUGAUGAUAAUAUGUAAUUUUCAUCGGCAACGAGUUCGUAUACUUAAUUUCUAUUCGAGAACCUAUCCGCUCUAGCUCUCGUGACAAUAAUACUAUAUUAUAGUGUAGGCCAGUGUGAGGGAAGUAUUUGGAACCGAAAACGGAUAUAAUCGGAUAACGGGUUUUGCUCGCGUCACGUAUACGGAUUAUGGACUAUAAUAUUAUUAUUAUUAUUAUUAUGGUAUACAUGACGCAUACGACGCGAAUCUCACGAUAGUGAUGUCAGAAAGGUUGUCGAUAAAGCAUAACGUAGUUUGUUUGAAAAAUAAAUCGUUUACGAUAAAUCGCGAGUGAUGUUUUCAACACGGGGAAAGGUUUCGUUCGCGCGUGCAGCCCACCACAACGGUGCUAUCCGAUUGAAAUUUGCAUAAUACAAAUCGCGCGUGGAUAAUAUUAUGUUGUAAUGAUAGCUAAUAUAAAGUUAGCACGACCGAUACGUACGUGCGAUUUGUGAAAUAUUCCGAUCGUUUGCGCGCGCGAAUUUCCGAGAUAUAUUUCGCCGUCCCCGCCAAGUCGGCCUAUAUAUGAUAAUAUAGUCAUGCCGUCCAACUCGGUGGUCCAGUUCCGGACGCGACAAAUGAAGGGUUGCGGGGAAUGCAGACAAUCGCACCAGCGGUUGUCGAUGUGGUAUACGACGGCGAUGAUGGUAAUAGUAAUAAUAAUAAUAAUAAUAAUAUCGGAUGGGCGCAUGCGUUCCGCGUACGGGUCCGAAAUGCCGCCGUCUCCGACUUUUGAAAACGGCAUUUGUACAUCGUCGCGCAACGUCGCGGUUGUAAUCCACCGAGUUCGCGUUCACGGGGUUUUUUUUUCAUUUGUUUUUGAUUUUUCGUCAUUCUAGUUGUCGUCUCUAUUCUUUUCGCUUUUUUUUUUUUUUUUUGUGGCGUUCGGAUCCGAUCCGCUUACAAGUUCGAGACAAGAUUUUUUCCGAAAAACAACGAACGAUUCUAGACGCGAUAAACGGAAUUUAAUAACAAUAAAAUUAAAACUAAAAAUAAUUCCAUAAUGAUCGAACAAAGUCGUGGUCCAAUUUGAUGUUAUGUUAUAUCGUCGAUUACGGUCGCCUACGUUUAACUUUUGACGAUUAACGAGUUUAUACGGCUGUUCUAAAGUUUCCGUUUGUUUGUUUGUUUGUUUUUUUUUUUUAUCAAGUUGUACAAGCAUUUUUUCUUCACAAAUAUCAUGCUGAAUAAAUAGUUCUAACAAGUUGAAUACAAAUUCACCAAAUUGUUAAUAACAGAUGUAAGACACCGAUGCUGCGUUCCGACGUCGAACCGCAAGCGCUCGGACGACGGUCAUGGACGCGAUGAACUCGUCGGCCGACAACUACGGUGGAACGACGGUGGUCGGCAAUCGGUCGUCGUCGCCUUUCCCCGAGUGGAGCGGCGGCGGCGGCGGCGGUAACGGGUCCUCGCAAAACGAGACGAUUCUAUGUCCCUUGUUCGAGAGCACGGACGACGAAGAAUACAGCCUGCUGUUCGAGUUCGUCACCUACGGCGUGCUGCUGAACGUGAUCGGCGUGUUCGGCAUACUGGGCAACGUCAUAUCCAUGGUGAUCCUGUCCCGGCCCCAGAUGAAGUCGUCCAUCAACUACCUGCUGAUCGGCCUGGCCCGGUGCGACACCGUGCUGAUCGUCACGUCCAUGCUGCUGUUCGGGCUGCCCGUCGUCUACCCGGCCACCGGACACCUGUUCAACUACUACUUCAAGGUGUACCCACUGAUCGCUCCCGUCGUCUACCCCAUAGCGAUGAUCUCGCAGACCGUUUCCGUGUACCUGACGCUCACCGUCACCCUGGAACGGUUCGUGGCCGUCUGCCACCCGCUCCGCGCCCGGUCGCUGUGCACGUACGGCCGGGCCCGCGCCUACGUGGUGGCCACCAUCGCGUUCGCCGUCUUCUACAACGUCACCCGGUUCCUGGAGGUGACCGUCCAGAAGUGCGUGCACGCCGGUUCCAACCAGUACGUGUACCAGGUGUACCCCAGCGACCUGCGCAACGACCGCGACUACAUAUCCAUCUACAUACACUGGAUGUACCUGCUCAUCAUGUACUUCAUACCGUUCGGGUCGCUGGCCGUGCUGAACGCCGCCAUUUACCGCCAGGUGAGGAGGGCUAACCGAGAACGACAGCGGCUUUCGCGGCUGCAGAAGAAGGAGAUCGGGCUGGCCACCAUGCUGCUGUGCGUCGUAGUGGUGUUCCUGCUGUGCAACGUGUGGGCGCUCAUAUCGAACGUGGUGGAGGCGUUCUACGGCAUCACCGUCGAUCACCUGGUCAAGGUCAGCAACCUGCUGGUGACGAUCAACUCGUCCGUCAACUUCGUCAUCUACGUGAUAUUCGGCGAGAAGUUCAAGCGGCUCUUCUUCAAGCUGUUCUUCCCGCGGGGCGUGUGGAUGUGCGGCUGGCACCUGGCCACCGACGGCAGGGGCGGCCCGGGCUGCGCGGGCGGCGGCGGCGGCCACGCGGCGAUGGACGACAGCGAGGCCACGUGCAACGGGGCGACGGCGUUCGAGUGCAGGCAGCUCGGCACCGGCACGGGCGGUUCCGCGUCGUACACCGACCACUUCGGACGGUCUCACCGGGGACGGCACCACCACCACCAUCAUCACCACCAUCACCAUCACCGGGACGGCGACCGUGUGGACCGGCAACAGAUGGCCAACAGCGUCGGCGGAUGCGGUAACAGCGUCAACGGUGCAUCCGACGACAGGGAGCUUUGCUUGAAGACGCCUACCAACAGCGGUAUGAUGUGGGAACACUCGACCACUACCACCACGACCACCGUAAACGUACAUCAGUUCUGAGCAGUAACAGUGUUUUACUUCAGUCCCUAAAUACUCUCCCAACAGUGUGUGUGUGUGUGUGUGUGUGUGUGUGUGUGUGUGUGUGUGUGUGUGUGUGUUAUAUAUAUUAUAUUAAAACAUUGGACGAAGAGCAGAAAUAAUAUGAACAGAAUGAUGAUGAUGACGAUGAGAAGAAAACUAUUUGGACGAAAACUAUGAGAUACGUCUCAUAUACAUGGUAUAAUAUGUUUUCUUGUUAGACGUUGGCAGACGGACGUUAUUACAGCCCAUUAUCUCACAAAACGGACUUGACAAGUUUUAAAACCAAUUAGGAAAAAAAACAAAAAAACGUUUGACUGUAAAAUAUAUUGUUUAAAACGUGUUCGGCUGUGCUAUCACAGCUUUAGUCGAUAACACAAAAUACACGUGACGGGUGAUUUGAUAUAUUUCACGUCGAUCAGUAUUUUUUUCACCAUGUCUUUAUGGCUCGUUUAACGUCAUCUAUUUAAUCGUGGCGCAUUAAAGAUCAUUACACACCAGUACUGUUGGAUUGAUCGCUGGCCAUUGUGGUUACACGAGAGAGACGACGCGGAAUACCUACAUACACAUUACCGAGGCUGGGCAAGUUACCUAUUUGUUGUUUUUAAAUUGUUAAGUUGAGUUGAUAUUGUAGAAAAAUAAUUUAUGUUUUAAGCUAAAAAUCAUAUUAUUUUAUUUUCGAG